UCUGCUAACUUUCCGCUAGUUCUGACAGAAAGAGUCAGCUGGCUGCGUUGAUCGGUAAAAACAACGCUUUUUGAGCAACGAUUUUUCCCUCAACUGCUGCGAUGCCGGUCUCAGGAGGAACCGAGAAGCAAAGGUUGUCGAUGAGAGGACACUAAAAGAAGAGAAGGGUCUCGUUUGUUCGCUGCAAAUUCGUCGAAAUUAGCACUGCAUGCAGAGGAUCUCCGGACGCGACGUGACGUGUUUAAAUCCCCCCUCCCCAUCUAGACCUGAAUUUUGAAUUUUGGUCCGUGAACAACUAGUAACGCCAACAGAACCAUAUUUACGUACAACAAGUGGAGACAUCGACUUUAAAACGUUUGUGAGUCUUGUGUAACGGUUAAGGUACUACUGACUUUACCGUUUCCUACCUGUCGCUAGAAAGUGAAUCUAGUGUGCUGCUAAGCCGAGUUUGGUGAAGUGUGAAAAAAAUACCACCAUGAUAGUUGUGGAGGCUAGACUGGACAGAACUGUGUACUUAGCAGGAGAAGUACUGGAAUGUUUCGUGUCAUUCACCAACCAGACAUCAGACAGUGCAGUUCCUCUCAACAGUGACAGUGAGUCCUUGGCUUGGGCCAGUGCACAGCUGCACUGCCAGUGUAGUGUGAGUGAGGCCCGUGUGGUGUGGCCAGGUGAGGACACUGGGGAGGUACCUCAUGGACAGGAGGGCAGCGACACAGUCUUCAUCCCCAGCAGAGGUGAGCGGGGUCAUACGGUCCUGUCCACUGCUCCCAGAAUCCUCUUCUGUGACCUGAAGCUCCACCAAGGAGAGACCAAAACCUAUUUGUACAGAGAGGUGAUCCCACGUGAAGCCCCGCCCUCCUACAGAGGACACUCCGUCAAAUAUUCCUACAAAGUCACCAUUGGCACACAGAGAGUCGGUGCCCCAACUAAACUGUUGAGAGUACCUUUCAGGGUGCUGGUAGUUUAUGAUUUGGGAGAUCCCACUGUAUAUGAGGAGGUUCCUCCCAGUAACCCCUUCCUGGAGGAGCAGCGGCAGGAAGGGUCUCUGUUAGAACUGGCCAGCCAGGUCCUCACAACCAUCACGGCCAGGAAAAGUCCCAACGUGUACAACAUAACUAACCAGCGUGGAACAGUUGGGAAGUUCACACUGUUCAAGUCAGCAUACAGAAUAGGAGAGGACAUUGUGGGCAGCUUUGACUAUGCUGGUGCAGUUCCCUGUAUGCAGUUCACUGUGACCUUACAAAGUGAGGAGCACAUUGCGGAGGAGUGUCGUCGGAAGCCAAGUCAGGCCGUGGCCACCAUGUCCUUCAGCCGCCAUCACGAGUUCUGCCUGCACACACAGCGGGGUCACAUGAUCCUGCCCAUCCCGCUGUCAGCCACACCCUCCUUCAUGACAGAUAUAGUCACAGUUAGGUGGAGACUCCACUUUGAGUUUGUGCUGGCCUGUAGCCCCAUCUCCCAACCAGAACUUCCUACCGGCCAAUCAGAAUCUGCCACAUGGCAAGGGCCAAGCACUGUUGCCGUGGAUACAAUGGUGUGGGAUCUGCCAAUCAAAGUCCUGCCAACCAAUCCACUACAAGCCACUGCAGUGUCAUUGAUCAAGUCAUCUAACAGUAUUAAAGUGUGAAGUGUACAGCCUGCUCAUCAUAUACUUGUUCCUAUAAUAAUGUAUCUCUUACCAAUUUUAUGUACUACAUGUAGUAUCUUAUCAUACACAGAUGCAAUAAAAAUUGUGUAUAUAAAUGUAACCAUUAGAGAUCUAGUCAUGACAUCAUUACCAUUAUGUUACUAACUUGUUAGACUUAUGACUGUGGAAGUAAAACAGUUCCUUGUAUAAAAGGUUUUACUUUAUUUAGGGUCUAUUGCAAUAAAAACGAAG